AAUUGCAGUUUCUUCGUGUAGAACUUGCGUAUUUAAUUGCAUUGCAACAUACAUUAUUUUACAUAAGAUCCUAUCGAAUGAAUAAUCAUUAACAAAACCUCGAAAUCGUUCGACAAAAGAAAAGGAAAAAAGGGAAGCACAAACGAAUUAGAAAGAUCGAUGAAAGAAUGAUUUAUCAAUCGAUCGGCCAAUAAUUAUUAUGCACGUUAUAACAGAAUUUGGCAGCACUGGUGGCUUAAAAUGAAAUAAUAAUUCAGUGUAUUUCAUAGUCAUAUGUUUUCUGUCAUGAAAGAGUCGCUGUCAAAUUUCGCGAAACACACUUUGUAAGUGAAAACGGCAAACGUGUCGUCGCCACGGAAUAACUCACGAUCUCACGAUCGAGAUACGUUAUGCUACGUGUACAUCUGCAUUUACGUUGCUAAGUUUCCACAGGGGAACAUAACCUAAUUCUCCAAGAUCUUCUCUCGCUUACCACGCUAGGUAACACUUUGAACGUGUGAUAUUGAAUCGAUAUAACACGUUUUGAAAAUCUUGGUGAAUGUCUGCGCCUUGUUAUGAUUGUUACGUGAACAAUGCUGUCUCUGUGAGUUCCUCAAGUUAAGAAACCUCAACGAAAGAUUUCUCAAGUUAACGGGUAGAGGUACUCGUGUUGUUGUGCAAGGGAACGUGCGUUUUAAAACAGGCAGAAAGAUUAAGGGCGAUUAAUCGGUGAUAUUAGAAUAUCAGAAUUUACAAGACAUUCGUUUCGCGAAGAUGAAGAGGAUAACGAAUAGUGCGACAGCGAGACUAAAACAGGACUAUUUGCGUCUUAAAAAGGAUUCCAUACCUUACGUCGUCGCAGAGCCAGUACCGUCGAAUAUAUUAGAAUGGCACUAUGUUGUAAAAGGUCCGGAGAAAACACCGUACGAGGGUGGAUUUUAUCAUGGGAAGCUUAUAUUUCCAAUAGAAUUUCCAUUUCAGCCUCCUAGCAUUUACAUGACUACUCCAAACGGGAGAUUCAAGGUCAACACAAGAUUGUGCUUGUCCAUUUCUGACUUCCACCCUGACACAUGGAAUCCAGCAUGGAGUGUGUCUACGAUUCUAACAGGAUUACUUAGUUUUAUGAUUGAAAACAGCCCUACCAUGGGUAGCAUCAACACGUCUGAUUACGAGAAGAAACAAUUCGCUGCACAGAGCUUGGAGUACAACUUGAAAGACAAAAUGUUCUGCGAACUUUUCCCAGAGACUGUCGAGACGAUAAAGGUGGAACUGGAACAGAGGAAAGAGCUGGAGAAACAAGCGAGGCAUCAGACUACAACUUCGGAAGUUUCGUCGCUGUUACGCGACCAGCUACAAAGGGAUCAAAGUCCGUUGUAUAGUGUGCUCACCAAUCUCAUUGUCAUCAUAGGAUUUGCGGCAUUCGCUUUCACAGUAAAAUACGUAUUAUGGAGUGUAGCGAUGGAAUAAGAGUGAAUGAAAAGAAGGAAACGAAAGAUGAAUGCACACGCAGCAGCAGCAUUCGUUGUUUAAGUAAUGAAGGAAAACGCAGGGAAAAAUGUUGUGAUAACGAUGCGUGCAGAUCUUUGAAAGGUAUUAGAAAUCGGGACUGUUUCAUCGAACAAAAACUCGUGGAUUCUACCACGUGAAAUACUAUUUAACUUCUUGGUUUCCGAGUACACUGAUACACCGCACCGGGAGUUUGUUAAAUUUUUAUAUCAGAGUUACUUGUAAAAUACGAGUUGUACUAUAUUCUCAAAUUUUUAACGUGAUAAUCGCGGAGCAACCUAUCGGUAACGAUUCCUCGACGAGUUCCAUCUGUGAGCGUUUAUCAUCAGACGAAAUACUAAUAGGUUUUUUAUCCAAU